AUGGGCAACAACCCUUCCACCCUUCGCGUCCUCGCCCCCCUCUCCUUCGCCUACGACUUCGCCGCCCAACAAUAUGGCAUGUUCUCCUCCCCCAACAUGCUCGACGUGCACAACGCCAACCCCGCCGCCUUCUCCCCCCAACCCUUCUUCAUCGCCGGCUUCUUCUUCCCACAGCAACUCUUUCAGCUAGCCUGGCUCUGGAAGCUGUGUCGCGGCGAGGGAACCCCGCAAGACAGGAAAGACAUGGAAACCGCUGUGUGGCCGUACGUCAUUGGAAACGUGUGCAUCGGGACUUGGAUGUUCUUCUGGAACAAGAACGACCUAGCCACAUCCAACAUCUUCGUCAUUAUAAACACGCUCACUCAACUCCUCUUCAUCACGACCACGCUCCCUGCUCUCCGUCCGAAUUCCACGCCUUCCCUCCUUACGCACGUUGUCGCGAAGACCUUCGCAGGCAUCGGCGUGCUGGACCUCUUGCACAAUACGAGUGCGGCGUACUACAAGGGCGUGCCGCCUAGUGCGCUGGUGCAGGUCGCUACGGGCGUGGGCUUCGCGGCCGCGGCUAGUGUGAGCGAUUGGAUCUUCGGAGGAUGUCUAGUGUAUGAUCUUAUUGCGUUGGGAAUCGGGCAAGGUGGAAACUGGGGUAGACUUCUAGGGGCUUACGCCGGCGUUACGGCGGGCAUUUUGGGGUUUAGAAACUGGGGGAAGCGUCUCUGA